GAAAGAACCCGGCCCCGGCGUGCGACCCAGCCGCGGCCACCCCCCCCGCCCCGCCGCUCCUCCCGGAGGUGAAGGCGAAAGAGGCAGGAGCGCUGGCCGAUCCCCUCUUCCCGGCGCAGAGGGAGAAGGGAUAAAGGGAAGGGAAAGGAGAGAGCCCAGGGAGCCGCGGCGGCCGGCGCUGAACUCGGCCCAGCGGCGGGGCGAGUGGAGGGGAGGCGAAGCCCCCCGCGGACCUUCCCCGGCGGGAGGGUCCCGGCUGCGCGGGGGGCGGUGCCACGGACGCGGGGCGGUGGCUGGAUCCUGCCCUGGGACGCCGGACCCGAAGUUGCGGCGGGGCGGCGGCCGCCCCUGUCGUCUUCUGAUGUUCGUGUGACUCGGCGGCGGCAACGAGAAGAAGGAGGAGGAGGACGGGGGAAACCUCCCGCCUCAGCCCUGCUCGCCGCUCCGGCUCGUUGUUGUGCGUGAGAGACAGACACACCACACCGCUCCCCCGUCCCUCCCCUUCCCUCGCCCCGCAGCCCCGGGAGGCCGGAGCGGGCGCGGUGCUGCCGCCGCGUCUCGGGGCUCCCUCGGCCCGGCCCGGCCCGGCCCGGGCGCCGCUGCUGCCGCUUGAGGAGAAGGAGGACGAGGACUGCCCCGUCGGGCAGGCGGCCCAGCCAUGAGCGGCGGGGAGGUGGUCUGCUCGGGCUGGCUCCGAAAGUCCCCACCGGAGAAGAAGUUGAAACGCUAUGCAUGGAAAAGGAGAUGGUUUGUACUUCGCAGUGGCCGUUUAACAGGAGAUCCAGAUGUAUUGGAAUACUACAAAAAUGACCAUGCCAAGAAGCCUAUCCGUAUUAUUGACUUAAAUCUGUGUCAACAAGUGGAUGCUGGAUUAACGUUCAACAAAAAAGAGUUUGAAAACAGUUAUAUUUUUGAUAUCAACACCAUAGACAGAGUUUUCUAUUUGGUAGCAGACAGCGAGGAGGAGAUGAAUAAGUGGGUUCGAUGUAUCUGUGAUAUCUGUGGGUUCAACCCUACAGAUGAGGAUGCUGUGAAGCCACCGGUCAGUUCUUUACAACCAUCUGCUGAGUUACCCUUGCCCAUCAACACUUCACCACCUUCCAUGCAAGCAGAAUCUUCCCUACCUCCUCCCUAUCAGCUUAUUAACAUCCCCCCAUUGGAGUCUUCCUCUGGUCAAGAAGAUCCUCAAGACUACCUACUGCUAAUAAACUGUCAAAGUAAAAAACCUGAACCUAUGAGAUCUCAUGCUGACUCGGCAAAAUCCAGCUCUUCUGAAACAGACUGCAAUGAUAAUGUGCCCUCCCACAAAAAUCCUGCUCCGUCAGCGAGCAAGCAUGCUGUGAAUGGCUUUUUUCAGCAGCAAGGUGUCUAUGACUCUCCUCCUUCUCGUUCUGGUCUGACACUGGCAGACUGCAGCCUUUAUAACCUGCCUAGGAGUUACUCACAGGAUGUUUUACCGAAGGCAGCAUCUCCAUCUGGGACUGAUGCAGAAGGAGAGCAACAUGUUUUCAAUACCCCAUCAGCAACAUGUUCAUUAGAUGCACAGAUGAGACACAUCUCCAUUAGCUAUGACAUUCCCCCCACACCUGGAGGUACUUACCAGAUUCCACGAACUUUUCCAGAGGGAACGUUGUCUCAGACUUCAAAACUGGAGACUAUUCCAGAUACUCCUCCACCUCGGCCACCAAAACCUCACCACGCUGCAGAUCGAUCUCCUGUGGAAACAUGUAGCAUUAGUCGCACUGCUUCAGACACUGACAAUAGUUAUUGCAUCCCUACAGCAGGAAUGCCGCCCUCACGCAGUAAUACCAUUUCAACUGUAGAUUUGAAUAUCUUUCGUAAAGAAAUUAGUUCUCAAGACUGUUAUGAUAUUCCACGAACGUUUCCGAAUGACAGAUCUAAUUCAUUGGAGGGCUUCCAUAACCACUUCAAAAACAGAAGCAUGUUGACAGUGGGAAGUGUUUCAAGUGAAGAACUAGAUGAAAAUUAUGUCCCAAUGAAUCCCAACUCUCCUCCACGACAGCAUUCCAGCAGCUUCACUGAACCCAUCCAGGAAACAAACUAUGUACCAAUGACACCAGGCACGUUUGAUUUUCCGUUAUUUGGAAAGCAGGUCCCUCCUCCUGCUCACAUGGGUUUCAGGUCCAGUCCAAAGACACCUCCCAGACGAUCAGUACCUGUUGCGGAAUGUGAGCCACCGCCAGUGGAUCGGAACCUCAAACCAGACAGAAAAGGUCAAAGUCCUAAAAUUUUAAGACCUAAACCACAUGGUUUAGAGCGAACUGAUUCACAAACCAUAGGUGACUUUACUACAAGAAGAAAGGCAAAACCAGCUCCACUAGAAAUAAAACCUCUGCCUGAAUGGGAAGAAUUACAAGCCCCAGUUAGAUCUCCCAUCACCAGAAGCUUUGCACGAGACUCCUCCAGGUUUCCCAUGUCUCCCAGACCGGAUUCAGUUCAUAGCACAACUUCCAGCAGUGACUCGCACGACAGUGAAGAGAAUUAUGUAUCCAUGAAUCCAAAUCAGUCCACUGAAGACCCAAAUUUGUUUGGAAGCAACAGUCUUGAUGGAGGAAGUAGCCCUAUGGUAAAACCUAAGGGAGAUAAACAAGUAGAGUAUUUAGAUCUGGACCUAGAUUCAGGAAAAUCUACCCCACCUCGUAAGAAAAAGAGCAGUGGUUCAGGCAGCAGCGUUGCAGAUGAAAGAGUUGAUUACGUUGUAGUCGACCAGCAGAAAACGCUAGCACUGAAGAGCACACGAGAAGCAUGGACUGAUGGGAGACAGUCUACAGAAUCUGAAACACCUACGAAAAGUGUGAAAUGAAAAUACUACUUGUUCUUCAAAGAACAGAAAGGAAUGAAUUUUGAAGAAUUACAGAACCACAGUGGCAGUGUUGUUCGACUGUACGGUACCUGAUUCACUGGUGUGUGAAUAGGUUCUUGACCGAAUAGGAUGGAAGCCAAAGGACACUUUGAAUAUAUCAAAGGAAUUUUAAGAUCGUAAAUUGGCUCUGUGGUCUCUGGAAAAAUUGCAACUUGUAAAUAACAUGUAAAAUAGUAUCACUUAGUUUUUGGAAAACCUUUUGUUCUGUAGUUAACACAUUUGUAGUAUUACUAUGUUUAUGCACUUUUUCAGUUACAAUGUUGGUUCAGGUAUUCCCAGUUAGUGUACCUUAAUGCCUAAUUCAUCUGGAGAAUUAUAUUUUUUCCUUACACUACUAUUCCUUGCAUUUUUAGGUUAAUUAAGCUACAUGUAGAUACAGAAAUUAAUAUUUGAACUUCAUUUUAACAACUUAAAAUUGAUUUUGCGGACAUACUUUCACAAUUGAAUAAUCUACUUGAAACGCCAAGAGAUGACCUUUAGUUACAUACUUGUUUAUAUUUAAUACACACAAGAUUAUUGGAAGUCUGCAGGUUACCUUCCUAACAAAAAUUGCUGUGAGUUAAUAAUAAUGAACUGUACUGGGUUUAGACCUACAAUCCUGGCUUAUAUGUUAGUUGUUAGCGGUGGAACUUCUAUUGUAUUUUAUUAAUGACAGUGUUCUGUGUUCAAUAGGUGAAGAUUCUGCAGGGUGGGAUCUUACACUUUUAAAGACUGAAUAAUUAAAUAUCAAGUAAGCCUGCAAACCACUGAUGGCAUGCAGUAAUAUUGUGAUCUCACACUUAUUAACAAGAAAUAACCUUUAUAUUAUUUCCAGAAGGUAGAGUAUAUAAAUCAGGUACGUACCAAGCACUGUUGUGCUAAUACACUGAUCAGGUUUAGACAAUGAGCUUUAGUUUUGUACUAUUUAGAAGUUCUAAUGUCAGUUUUCAGUUCAAGAUUAAUGGGACAGUUUGACAUUCACUGUUUGUAGUACUAGCAAAAUACUGUGAUUUUGAAUUAGACAUUAAUUCAAAUGGAAAUACUACGUUUUGACACCAUAGUGCCCUUCUUAUGAUCUCUAUUUUACUUUAAUCUCCUGCUUGGCCUUAUAUUUAAAUCCCUAUGCAACUGAUAUUUUAUAUCUCUGUUUUUAAAAUUAGAUAAUAUACUUAAAUGAUCCCCUUGUAAACCACUUGUUCCUCUUUCCUGGUACAGGAUUUUAAGCUCUGUAUACUGUGAUCCUUUAUUUUACUAUGCCAGUUCCAAAUAAUAAUCUGCCUUGGUUUAGAAACAUUUGUUUGUUAUUUGGAAGAAGACAGAGUUCUUCGAAUACGUGAAUGAGUUAGGUCUAGAUAGAAAACUUACUAACACUAUUUUUCGGGGUUUUUUUGGUUUUUUUGUUUUUGUUUUUCACACAAACACCCUCAAGUGAGUGGUUGGUUUUAUUUUCCUGCCCAAUUGUUUUAUUUUGUCCAGAUGAUUUAAAAGUUGAGCAUAGAGCUGUGUUGUUUUCUGGCAUGUUGGCCUUUAGUACUGUGCCUAAUCUACCACUAGUUGUUUCUCUCCCCUCACAGCCACAAUCUACAGUAUGUAAAUUAUCUUAUUCUUAACAAAGGUUCUUUCUAAAUUAGUAAUAUUUUGAUGCUUUGAAUGUUCAUUUUAAAAAAGAAACUAAACACAAUGCAUUUUGAGGUGAAUUUUAAAUAAAUCAAGUUGUUCAGUUUUGAUGUGUAAACUCUGUCCUGUGAAACACAAACCGAUGUUAAUGUGUUUAUGAAGGUGCCUGGACACCAACCACACUUUUCAAAAUUGUAGAUUACCUCUUAGUACCUCUCAAAAAAAUGUACAGCUGUGUUCCUAAUGAAAGUCUGAUUUAAAACCCUGCACUGGACAGCUAAAUAAUCUGAAUUCCCAGUCUUCUGGGAGCCAGAAGAAGUGAUGGGAGCCAGCGGACCUUGAUGGCUCAAUCAACAGUAGCUCAAAUCCGUAAAGCUUCUGGAGUUGUAGCUCAACUCUGCUUUGACGGUCUUCCUGUCCAAUAAUGAACUCUUCUUCAGUGAUGCUACCAUUGAAGCACCCAUAGGCAUGGUGAGUAGUAGUAACUAAUGUCAUGAUAGUUCUGUUUUAGGACACUGGCUUUAUGCAUGUUAUCAGUGCAAUGACAGCAGUGCCCUCCACUGCAGAGAUGCCUGUAAUUCAUUAGCAGAUGUGGUUAGAUAAUCACUUUGCUGUUUAUCCUACAUAAAUGCUUUGGUGCUUGCCAUUGAGAAGAAGCAUCCAUACUGUGGACUUCCAUGCUCAUGUGUGCACCCAUGGAGUAGAAUUAUCUUGGAAUAUUUCAAACUCGUGUUUCUUUACUCUCUCAAUAGAUGGGACAGUUUGAGGGAGAAGGUUUGGAAGGGCUGCUCAUCUUUUACCUAUCCCUGACCCAUCUGUCUUUGAAGCUUCUACAAACUACACAAUUAUGUAUUGUUUUAUAAACUCUUUGGGUUUUUGUAAUUGAGCAGUGAUGCUUUCAUUUAGUUAUCUAUACUAUUUUUUUCAGAUGAUGUAAGCAUCUCUGAUAGUGAAGUAAAAAUGCCUAAAAGAACUGGAUUCCUAGGCUGGCCUUCCUUGAACUAGUGAUACAAGGUGGUUUUGCUUCGAGUUUGCUGAUAUCAGUCCUAGCUUUACAGAUUACACUUGCUUUUUCUUCACUUUAAAUUUGGCAGUAUUUACAAUGUUAAUUGUUAUUAUGAUUGAGAAUCCAUUCCUAAUUUCUAGGCUUUUUUUUUUCCUUCCUUUUGUUAAGGAAAACAACCAGAGUUUUUUUGACCUGGAUGGACAGUAUAAUGCUUUCUAAGCAAUAGUCUAAAAUUUCUCUUUAAUUAGAUUUCUAAGCAAUUUUCUCUCCCUAAUUCCACUAAUUAAUUUUCUUUACUUACAUGUUGUCCAAAGUAUGUUCAGAAUCAGGGCCAUCAUACUAGCUCUGUGUGAUAGAUCUCAUUUUCACCUAUAAGAUGGAGUGGGGCUUCAUGCUCACAAGACUGUCUGAGUUUUUGGAUAGUCUUGAGGAUGUGAAUAUGAAAUUGGAAAGGUGAAUCCUGAAAUUGUAGGUGGCAGAAAGCAAGCUAGCUUACUGAUAGUCCUGUGUAACUUUCAGUUACUUCCUUUGUGCGGACACUGUGGUUGAUGGUGGGAUGGGUGCUGGUAGAAACUCCAGUAGAUACCGGGGCAGGAGUGGUUUGCGAGCAUUGUUUGUCAAGUGUCCUUUUUCAAACAGGUAAGUUCUUUCUUGUUUCGCUAAGACAGUGUGUUGCCACUUGUGGAUAUAGUUUUCAUUGCUCUGUGUGUCAUAAACAAGUAAUUUUAAACUGCAGAUAUGUGUGUGUAAUAGGUCUUUUACAAAUACACAAAAUCUUGAUCACAAAAAUCAAAAGAAAAACUUAGUUCCUUGUGCACUAAGAUCGACUCUAAAGAUGGUUUGGUAUUACUUCAUGCCUUCAUUACUUCAUUGGAAUAACAUGUUAUCUGGUAACUACUAAUGGCCACACUUUCACACACUGUAGUCUCAUGAAGUGCAGGUGCAAACACAGCUGUUCUGUUCUGCUAAGGGUUUGUAAAGUGCCACUGGAAAGGAUGAAGAGAUAAAAAUGUUAUCGUUAGUCUUUUUUACUUCACUGACAUUUGUAAUGAGGUAAAAAAGAAAUUAACAAUCCGUCCACAUAUGGCAGUUGUGACAUAGUGCCACACAUAGGGCGUACAGACCAAUUACAGUCUUGCUGUUUUAAUUAAGUUACUUAGAAUACAUUGCUCUGUGUAGCUAAAUAGGGAGUGAUGGGCUGCUCUUAUAGCUUUCACAUUGCACUGUGAGCGAAGCAAGAUUUUUAUCACAAUGAAAUUUUGGCUUACUGACUGCAGCAAGCAAUCUAUAGAUAUAGUUGUCUUGCAAAACUACUUUGUAAACUUAGCAGCCCUGGACACACCUUGCAUUCCCUCCUUUACUAUAGAGCUUUAUGUCGUGAAAAGCCAAAGGAUAUUUAUUUAUUCAAGGAAAAGGUGAUGGCAUACAAUAUCGGUGUGCAAUUUUAGAAAGUAAUAACAUCCCUUAAUCUGUUCGCGUAUUUUAUACUUGUAGCUCUUAAGUUGAGCACUAUCCACAAGUGAACUUGAGUUUGGAGGCUAUCCUCUUUAUUACUUGCAGCUGCUUUUGUUUGUCCAGCAAUUAGUGUAAUCAAUGUUCCACAAAAACCAAAUACCAAGUUGUGAGGGGUUUGACUGGCUUUUUGUUCUGUCUGAACAUGUGUGGGUCUCAAGCUCAGGAGGUACAGAUAGAGACAGCAGAGAAAAGCUGCUUGACAUGUAUAUGAACAAUGUCUUUGACACUGAAAGUUUCCUAGUGUAUGUUUAUGGUUCUUGAUGUUAAUUUUCAGUAACAAAAGUGGGAGAAUAGCAGGUACUGCGUGCACGACUAGUUGAAAGGCUUUUCCCAUCUUGUUAGAUAAACAGAGAGACUAUUCUGAUGCCAAUGGUUUUCUUUUUAAAUGGUCUUUAAAAUUCCCAUGUUUUAUUUGAAAGGGACAAUCUUUGUUUGCUUCAACACUUUUGUAAGAAAUAAAUCAGCUGAAGUGUAUAGUUGUGUAAUCUGCAGUGUACACAACACACAACUUCAGAAGCACUAAACAUUUUGGUAAAUGCAAAAUAAGUACCUUGCUGCAAUGCCAAAUUUAGUAAGCCAGUAGAAUUAUUUUCCAGUUUCUAAACCACAAGGCAUGGGCCACUGCUGUUUACUUCUGUGUUGAAGAACAAAAAGUAAAUGUUAGAAAAACAUACUAAUUUUGAAAUGUUUUCAUUUACUAUGGUAAAAUAGAAUAGGAAAAAAACCCCAUACAGUUUAGAAUAGAAAAUACCAAGUUGAAAUGGAGCCUCAAAAUUUUCUUGCAGUUACAAGGUCAGCAUUUGCAGUAAUCAUCAUGAUUCACUUUUGAAGAUUCUUACAGGAUCCAUCGUUGUUGCCAAGCCUCGUCCUGGUAGGUCUUAUCUGCAAUGAAACAAUAAGAAAAUGUCUCGCAUCAAUUUUCAGAAAGGCUAAUCCUACUAUUAUGAGUUUAUUAAAUGCUGUUUGAGGUUCUCUUUGGAUGGUGCUAGGUGCUAGUGUGUGUAUGUGGGGCUUGCACAGGGUACCAAAACUUGAUUGCACUUUGGGAGGGGGUGUGGAAAUCCAGUCUUCUGAAGAUACUUAAAAGGUGCAGUACAAAGUGGAACCAGAACAGACUGAAAACUUUUAGCAUGAAAUAAAAUGCUUUUGAUUUGGAAAAAUAAAAGGCUUGCAGUAGGGCAUCUCAAUAUUUUAUUCACGUUUAGCUGUAGACAUUGCAGGAUUGUUGAGCUGUUCUUGACCUAGCUGUAGCUACCUAGUGACUACCUGUAUAAUCUAACAGUGCUACUAACUAGAUGCCCGAGGAACAAUACUUAAAGCUUACAGGUAAAGUACAGAUUUCUAUUCUAAAACCCUACUUACAAAAAAUAUGUUGGUAUCUGGAAAGCUGGUCAUUGAUACUGAACGUGAGCAAAUAACAACAGGGCGGCUGAAAGUUGUCUUUACUACGUUUUUAAUGAGGUGGCCAGAAUAAGAGAAAAGUACAGUUAUGCCUUAUUUUUCCUGAAUUCCUACCAGACUUUAAAUUUUAUAAGAUUUCAUAUUUUUAUGCUUUUUUCAGGGAAUAUACUUUAAAGGAAGGAAUCACUACUUGUUGCUCUGCACUUGUGCUGUGGAAUUACUUGUAAGCAGUGCAGGCUUAUUGAAUUGUUUGUUUAGGAUUCCCCCACCCCCUUACCCCCCGUUAUAUGUUAGUGGUGAAGGAUGCUGGCCUCGAAGCUUUGAAGACGCCUCAGACAAGCCUGCUGGAGUACCUCAAUCUGUAUUUAGAGUUAGUUGCAUUAAAAUGGUGAUUCAACCCUCUGCUGAGUUUGAUUUCAUAAUAAUACAUAUAAAUAAUAAUGUGCAUAUUUAGUUAUUUUUUUUUUUACUUAAUCAUAGUUGAGACCAGAAUGUUGAAACAAAUGUUGUUCAGAGUUAGGCUCCAUAAUCUCUGGCCAGGCAUGGGGCAGCAUUUUUGAAAGGCGUUCAGUGUAACAGGGUUGUAAGUUCCCCAAGCAUGCAAAUCCAUCAUCUGAUCCGAGGAGCAGACUUUAAUAUUCAAGGCACUGGUGUAUCCCGUUUAAGUAAGCAAAAGUUCCAAGAACUUUUUCAAAAUAUCUCAUUUCUACUCAGGUAUGUAAAUAUAAGUUUAGGAUC